AUGACGACCGAAGUAGUGAUCAUAGAAGGUGACAGCAAGAGAAAUAGUGACUAUAGUCUUCAAUUGAAUCGGUGGUUCUUAAAACCGAUCGGCGCUUGGCCAUCGUCUCCCACUACGACAAGACUCGAAAAGAUCGUUUCAUUUACUUUAAACAUCGUUUGCUUUAGCACCUUAAUUCUUACCGCGAUUCCUAGUUUACUAGUAAUAAUUCUGGAAGACCAGACGUUCAACUUCAAAUUGAAGACCUUCGGUUUUGUGAAUCAUUGGUUCGUCAGCAGCUUUAAUUACGCGGUUUUAUUAAUGCACAACAAAGACAUACGAAAGUGCGUGUCAUACAUAGAAGCUGACUGGCAAACAGUGACCAGAGAGGAAGAUCAACACGUGAUGUUGAAAAACGCGAGAAUCGGUCGUUACAUAGCGGCGUUCACCGCUAUUUUUGUGCAAUCAAGCGUCUUGUGCUUUUGUUUUGUGACAGCAUUAAAUACAGUCGAGAUUCGAAUUGCGAACGAGACGAGAAUUUUACAUGUGCUACCUUGUGCAGUAUACAAGAAGCUGGUGAACGUCGACGAAAUUCCAACAAACGAAUUGAUGCUUUUCUUCCAAAUUUGGUCUACUGUUAUCGCAAAUUUUAGUACAAUUGGGAUCUUUAGUCUCGCAGCAGUUCUAACCGCUCACGCAUGCGGUCAGCUAAAUGUUAUUACGUUAUGGAUCGUUGAAUUCGUCAAUGAAACCAGAGUAGAGAAAAAAACUGGUGGUUUUAUACAGAUUGGAGUAAUCGUGGAACGACAUCUGAGGACAUUGAAGUAA